GACUGGCAAAUCACUCAAAUCACAUUCAACCUUUGAAACCUAAACAUGAAUCCCUCAGGAGGGAGAAAUAAAGGCAUAGUUGGGGGUUUUCAGUGCUUGGAGCUUCUGAUUAGGUUUCCUCACUGUUAGUAGCAUGACCAAGAGUUUGUAGCCCUUUUUGUUUCCUUGUUUAGAAAAGGACAUCAAAAAUGUUGUUCCCAUUCUUUUGGAUCCUGGGAACACCUGAAUGGGCACCUUUUGAUUCAAACCCAGUGGAUAGCUUUUUUCAAGGCCUGGUAGGUGCCUGUGCAGUAUCAGUGCUGUGCAACCUUAUGAGAGUUUACUUCUUCAUUCAAACAUGCAGUGAUUCUGAAACUGAAACUGAAGGCAAACAAAGGUGUCCUUCACCGGGCAGCAACCUGAGCAGAGACUGGAGAUCAUCCCUCCAGUUCUGGUCUCUGGUGGUCCUCCUGUCUCAGGUGGGCUCGAGGGUCUCCUCCUUGAUUGUUCUGGAGUUUUCUCUCAGGGCUGUUUCUGCCAAGGCGACAGCAGGACUGGAAACCAAUGGAAGAGGCUUGGACCUGCUCCUGAUCCAGGGUCAGUUCUCCCUGGGCUGUGGCCUCUCCUGUACUAUGGCUUUCCUCCAUCAGGGGUCUCCACAUAGCUCUCUCAGCUUGUUGCUGGCAGCAGCUCUCAGCUGGGCUCUGGCAGGUGUCAGCCGUAGUUUGUGGAUUCAUGUGGCCAGACUGUACCCACUACACAGCAGAGAGCGGUACUGUGGGAAGUGCAUCAGCCUGCUGAACUCUGGACACACCAUACUGGCAACGCUGCAGCGUGUGGUCAUUGUGUUCUUCGCUUUGGCCGCUGUGGCCUCCACUGCAACUGUUUAUGACCACUUCCUGUCCCAGAAGGAUGCUCUGAAGUUUUGGACUCCACUGACACUCUGCUACACCAUGUUGGUGGUCUAUAUUCAAGAGGAUCAGAAUCGGCACACUGGUUUAGAGGCCCUGCUGCACACUGUUGUGUUACGCCAGGGAGCCUUACUGGUGCUCAUGCUGACGGUGGGACACUGGACUGAUGUCCUUCAUGUCCUCAUCUCUUUCCUGGGAGAAGCCGUUUGCCUCCUGCCUUCUAAGGACCUGCUGCAGGCCGUGUUAAAGGAAGAAGAAGACACACAAGCGAGUAGAGCUCCAGUCACAAGACAAGAGAAAGCACAGGGAAGCCGUCAUCAGAUGACAGAUAAGGAUGUGCUUGAAAUCAACAGAAAACAUUCGUAA